AUGGAGGAAGAAACUGGGGAUGAUCUUAUGGAGGAAUGUUUUCCCGUCUUGUUGAUCCCGAAACGACUAACACGGUUGGAUCUCGGAAACGUGAAGGAAAAAGAUGUCCUCCUCGAUUUACUUAUUCUGCUCAUGGAAUGCGAAAAGAAAAUGAAGAGCGUCUACUCAGGGUAUUGCACCGUUAAAAUAGUACAAGACGACUUCGUGAAAGAUGUGUUAAGGAACCUACGAUACCGGCACGAUGAACAGGAGGGCGCUUCCCCGGAACCGUUCGGGUGGCUGGACAUGGAAUUAGACAAUAUUUGCGAUUAUAAUAACCUUCUAGAGUGCCAGGAUUUGUGGAAAAAAGGUUCGACGAAGAUCGUGGUAGACGGUAACAUAACGCAAGUGACCACCACGAUCAUCACUCAUACGCAGACGACACACAAGUCGACAUCUGCGCCCAUCGGUCGGAGCGACAACAUACACACCAGGUAUUCUCCAGAAUCAUUCAGACACAAGAAGUUCAGGAAGUCGCUGAGCGAGAACGAUCGUAUCCACUCAGACUGCUCGCGCAGUAGCAACGACCAUCAGACGUCAUUGCUGCGCCAGAGUUACAACGAGAUAAAACAGGGCGACUACUUCUUGGAGUCUUCUGAGAGCGAGGAGUACACGGUUCAGACCACGUCUACGGCUGCGUUCACAAACGACUAUUACUCUAUCAAACGAAGGAAGAUCCUGAAAGACAGUAUCGCUCUCACCGAACAAUGCGCCUUGAGGCAGUUGAUGUCUCCUGAAAUACAAACUGAAAAACACCCGAAGACCAUUUUAUAUUCAGGUGGAGAUUCUCAAGUCGUACGCAGGGCUAAGGCUAAGGCGGAGGCUAAUCAGCCGUUCAAGUCCACACACGGCGAUGGUGAUAUUUCCAAUGUAUUUGAAGAGCCUCCUAAAAGACAAAGAAAGCGAAAGAGAGAAGAUUCGGUGGAAUCGAAAGUCAAAUUGGACUUGAACCCGUAUGAGAAAACCUGCAAGAUCUGCACUAAAUCGUUCAGGGACCGAAAAAAAUUCAAGCAACACAGCUUAGGUCACGGUGACCCAAACGUUGAAUGCGACAAGUGCUUCAAGGUGCUCUCGUCGAAAUACUCGCUGCGCAAUCACAAGAAAAUACACCAAAGACCGCAAGCGUGUGACUUCUGCUCCAUGACCUACGACACAGUCGACGCCCUGAAGAAGCACCAAGUCCGAAUGCAUUCCAAGCCGUACGAGUGCGACUACUGUCGGAAAGAGAUCUAUAACCAGGAGGAGAUGUUGCGCCAUAUUAAAAAAGAGCAUUUCACUUACUUUUGCAGCCGAUGCUGCUUCUCCUACGACAAUUGCGAGGACUAUCUAGCGCACAUGAAAACCCAUCAGGCGCUGAACGAGUCUGACGUCAUGGCGGAAUACGACAGCGCCAGCAGUGGCAUGUUGAUCAGUACUCAGUUCGAGAUAGAGGAGAUCGCCUCACCGCAGAUGGAAAUGGAGAUCGAGACGUACCAAUCCCCGACGAGGGUGCUGGAGAAGGCGGCUCGCGACGCCGACCUUCUGCAAUUUCCCGUCAAGGUCGACGUGAACAUUGAGCCGAUGGGCGAGGUCGAUAAUCGUCUUCGGCGGUCACCGAGGAUAAGGGACAUGCGAGCACUCGAAGCCGACGCGGUUAUAGCCAAGGUGUUAUCUAACGAGGAUUUCCUCUUGAGCAGUAAAAGAAACAAAAAGACACCUAUACGGAAGACGUGCGUCGUGUGCAAGAAGAGGUUCGACCGCCUCAGUGACUUGAAGCGCCACUUGAUCGAACACGUCAUCAGGAGUACUCUAGCUAAGGGUCCGGUGGACAGCAGCGGCUCCCUCUGCAUGCUGUGCGACAUCUGCAAGCUGGAGAGCUUCUGCAGGACCGACAAGUACAAGGCUCAUCUCCGCGAGCACGCCAAACUCACGAUCUACAAGUGCACUCACUGCGACAAAUCGUUUAGCGACUCGAGCAACUUCUCGAAGCACAAAAAGCUCCACGGCGAGAUGUACUUCCAGUGCGACCUGUGUAGUCGCCGUUUCAAGACCAAGAAAGCCCUCGUCGUGCACAUCGCGCGCCACGACGCCAAUCCGCCGGUCCCCUGCAACUACUGCGGGAAGCUGUUCCACUUUAUGUCCAUGCUCAAGAAGCACAUCAAGAACACGCACUACAAGGAAGCUUUCGGCGUGUCGUGCAAAUUCUGCCCGGAGAAAUUGAGGUCCUUGAAAGAUAAGUGGGACCACGAGUGGAAAGUGCACAACGUGAGAAAGACGAUCGCCGAUUGCGCGCUUUGCAAAGAGAAGUUCCGCAAGUAUUCCGAAUUGAAACGCCAUUGCCUCGUCAAGCACAGCUAUGAAAUAUCCAAAGUCUAA